ACUUAAACUUUGUGAUUAAUUACCAAAUCAUGAGUACAUUAUAGUGCAAAGUGUAUGUAGAUAGUGCGAACAGUGCUAAUUUUAUUUCCAAAAUUAUCAAAAAUCAAAAUCAAAAUACAAUUAGUGUAAGUGUUUAAAUUUCCCGCCCUUGAUGUGUCACCCUCUCAAAGAGAGAGCGCUUUUCGCGCGUAAUUCAAAUUUAAAACCGCCGAGCGCAAGUGUCGCCGCCUAGCGAUGAAAAUGCGAUAACGCGCGGCGGCAACAGAGUGUGCGAGCGAGAGAGAUAGUGAGUGUGAAGAGGAAAACUAGAGCGGGAGAAGAGAGUAGCAGAAUUUGGAGAAGAAGAGACUGAAGAGAUUGAGGAACAUUGAUAUUUUUGCACUUGAGAUGUACAAUCCCAUCGUGUUUCCUUGGCAAGACAGCGCGCUGUUGAGCAACGGCGGCAGUUUGUCAGCGUGGGGCGGCGGCACCGUAUCGGGACCGGGCAGCGGGACGGCUCCGUCCGCCGCCUCGGUCCCUCCCGGAGCGGGCGGGGGGCCGCCGGGCUCCGGGACGGGGACGGGUCCCGGAGGAGGCAAUGGCGCUCCGCCUGGAGGACCCGGAGCGGUACCGACGAACGCGGUUCCUCUCGGCGUUUCUCCGGACGAUAUGGCGGACAAACAUCAUCUGUUGGAUGUUGGCGGCGGCAUUGGGGGAGGAAAUGGAGGCGAUAGUGAUGAUGAAAAAGAGUUGUCAGCUGCAGAUGCAGAAGGUGUCUGGUCACCAGAUAUUGAACAGAGUUUUCAAGAAGCCCUUGCAAUAUAUCCACCUUGUGGGAGAAGAAAAAUUAUAUUAUCAGAUGAAGGAAAGAUGUAUGGUCGCAACGAAUUGAUAGCCCGCUAUAUAAAACUUAGGACAGGAAAAACGAGGACCAGGAAACAAGUCAGCUCACAUAUUCAGGUGCUAGCCAGGCGGAAACUUAGAGAACUGCAGGCCAAACUUAAAGUGCAAUUCUGGCAACCUGGACUACAACCGGGAACAUCGCAAGAUGUUAAACCAUUUCCCCAACCUGGAGGCGCGUACGGCGGACCAGGUUCGCAGCAGACGCAACCUGCGCACGCGGCUGCAGCGUCCGUGGGCGCAGGUAGCCUGAGCGACGUGACGACAGCUGGCGGCGGCGUCGUUGUCGCUUCACCAGUCGCUGGUGCAGGAGGCGGUGCCCCUCCACCGAGUGUUCCGCCAUGGGAAGGCAGAGCGAUCGCGACUCACAGAUUGAGACUGGUCGAAUUUUCCGCGUUUAUGGAGCAGCAAAGAGAUACUGAUACGUAUCACAAACAUUUGUUCGUACAUAUAGGAGGCUCAGCAACAUAUUCAGACCCACUCUUAGAGGCUGUGGAUGUUAGACAAAUCUAUGAUAAAUUCCCUGAAAAGAAAGGUGGUCUGAAAGAGCUUUAUGACAAAGGUCCUCAAAGUGCCUUCUUCCUGGUUAAAUUUUGGGCAGACCUCAAUACAGAUGUGCGAGAUGAAGCUGGAGCAUUUUAUGGGGUCACUAGCCAGUAUGAAAGUGGUGAAAACAUGACGAUAACAUGUUCGACAAAGGUUUGUUCCUUUGGCAAGCAAGUGGUUGAAAAAGUUGAAACUGAAUAUGCGAGGUGUGAAAAUGGGCGUUAUGCAUAUCGUAUACAUCGUUCACCAAUGUGCGAGUAUAUGAUCAAUUUUAUCCAUCGACUGAAACAUUUGCCAGAGAAAUAUAUGAUGAACAGUGUUCUCGAAAACUUUACGAUACUGCAGGUGGUAUCUAAUCGAGACACACAAGAAACAUUACUGUGCACAGCAUAUGUUUUUGAAGUAUCGACUUCAGAACACGGUGCACAGCAUCAUAUUUAUAGACUUGUGAAAGACUAGCGAGCAGCUAGACGCAAUUUAUGAAAUUAAAUACUUACAAAUUAAAACAGAGAAGAGAUUCUAUAUAUAGAUUUAUAUAUAAAAAAAAAUAUUUAAGAUACAAAUCACACAUCCUCUUCGGUGAGGUA